GUAUAUGACGAAGAUACAGACAGAAGACGCAGAAGCCUGUUGUUCUCCAUCUCACUUCUGUCUGGAAACUAGGAAAGAGGUUCACAAUCACGAUGACAGACCAAGUGACUAGGUUGGCAGUGGUUACUGGGGCAAACAGAGGGAUAGGGUUGGAGAUUUGCAGACAAUUAGCAAACAAAGGGAUUGCAGUGGUUUUGACCUCUAGAGACGAGAAAAGGGGGCUUGAAGCUGCCGAGAAACUGAAGAAAGAGCUCGGUGUUCCUGAUCAAGACAUCGUGUUUCAUCAGCUUGAUGUGGCUGAUCCUGCUAGUAUCACCACUCUUGCCGAGUUUGUGAAAUCCCGAUUUGGAAAACUCGAUAUCCUGGUCAAUAAUGCAGGGGUUGGUGGGAUUAUCACCGAUGUCGAUGCUCUGAGAGCCGGAAUGGGGAAGGAAGGGUUCAAGUGGGAAGAGGUCAUCUCUGAAACUUAUGAGCUAGCUGAAGAAUGCAUCAAAAUCAAUUACUAUGGUCCAAAGAGAAUGUGUGAAGCAUUUAUACCCCUUCUUCAGCUCUCUGAUUCUUCAAGAAUCGUUAAUGUAUCAUCCUCCAUGGGAAAACUAAAGAAUGUGGUGAACGAAUGGGCUAAGGGAAUUCUCACUGAUGCGGACAACCUCAGCGAAGAGAAAAUAGACGAAGUGCUAAACCAGCUUCUGAAAGAUUUCAAGGAAGGCAUAGACAAAACCAAGAACUGGGCCAAGUUUAUGUCUGCUUAUGUGGUCUCGAAGGCCGCGUUGAAUGCUUACACGGGGAUCUUGGCCAAGAAAUACCCAUCUUUCCGAAUCAAUGCUGUGUGUCCAGGGUUUGUGAAGACAGAUAUUAACUUCAACACUGGAGUUUUGUCUGUUGAAGAAGGAGCCUCAAGUCCGGUUAGGUUGGCUUUGCUUCCAAAUGAUGGCCCUUCUGGUUGUUUCUUUGAUCGUAAGGAAGUUUCAGAGUUCUGACAUUCUCUUCCAUGCAGACUGCAUAUGGAGUGUCUUGUCCUUGUGUAAUGUACGUGUAAUAAUGAUAAGUUGCAUACCCAGGAGGGGAAUAAAUGAUAAUGUAAAAUCAAUAAAUAUGGAUUUUAAUGUUAAA